CUGGGCGGCCGCUAGUCCUCGCCUUCGGGUCUCCAUGCCUCGGCUGCGCCCUGCUCGGCAGCCAACCGCCCGCAAACUGUAGCCAUGGCUGCCGUUGCCGUCCUCCGGAACGACUCGCUGCAGGCCUUCCUCCAGGACCGCACCCCCAGCGCCUCCCCGGACCUGGGCAAGCACUCACCCCUGGCGCUGCUGGCCGCCACCUGUAGCCGUAUAGGCCAGCCGGGCGCUGCGGCGCCCCCGGACUUCCUGCAGGUGCCCUACGACCCGGCGCUGGGCUCGCCCUCCAGGCUUUUUCACCCGUGGACCGCUGACAUGCCGGCGCACUCUCCGGGCGCGCUGCCGCCCCCACACCCCAGCCUGGGGCUAACGCCGCAGAAAACGCACCUCCAGCCGUCCUUCGGGGCGGCGCACGAGCUGCCGCUCACCCCCCCUGCCGACCCCUCGUAUCCCUACGAGUUCUCGCCGGUCAAGAUGCUGCCCUCCAGCAUGGCUGCGCUGCCCGCCAGCUGCGCGCCUGCCUACCUGGUGUUGGGUCCGUCGGACUUUGCGCAGUACCAGAGCCAGAUAGCCGCGCUGCUGCAGACCAAGGCCCCCCUGGCGGCCACGGCCAGGAGGUGCCGUCGCUGCCGCUGCCCCAACUGCCAGGCGGCGGGCGGCACCCCCGAGGCAGAGCCCGGCAAGAAGAAGCAGCACGUGUGCCACGUGCCGGGCUGCGGCAAGGUGUACGGCAAGACGUCGCACCUGAAGGCGCACCUGCGCUGGCACACGGGCGAGCGGCCCUUCGUGUGCAACUGGCUCUUCUGCGGCAAGAGCUUCACGCGCUCGGACGAGCUGCAGCGGCACCUGCGGACUCACACGGGCGAGAAGCGCUUCUCCUGCCCCGAGUGCGGCAAGCGCUUCAUGCGCAGCGACCACCUCGCCAAGCACGUCAAGACGCACCAGAACAAGAAGCUCAAAGGCGCCGAAGCCGGAGUCAAACGGGAGGACCCGCGGGACCUGUGAGCCCACCCGGGGGGCGACCCAGGCCUUCCCCGCCUCAUGCUCCCAGCACCUCCUCCGGGGGCCUGUGGGCAGCUGGCUGAGGGGAGACCCGACAGAGACACGCGUCCUUCCUGUCCAACUCCUAGCCUCCCUGGCCCAGCCCGUGGACAGGGACCCUGUGCCCAGGAGCAGCAGGGGAGGUAGGGUUGGGAGCUCUGCGUCACGAAAGGGUGGUUUCAAGCUCUGAACCAUUCCCACCGUCCUGGAGACCUGCAGUUUUGGGGGACUGCCUUGGGCUGGCCUUGUAUAUAGGAAACGCUGCUGAAUUAGAGCGGAAGAACCUUGGGAGAGUUGAAGUAGUGCUGGGUUUUUUGUUAGGACAGGGCCGGGCUUUGUACAGGUUAUUUAAUAGCUUUGUUAAAGAAUAAUUAUAAUAAUUACAAUAUUAAUAAAAAUGUUACUUUUGUCAGCUCCAUGCAGAGCUACAGCAUGAAAUGUCUAUGUAAAGCAAUCAGCAGUUGCAGCGUGAAAAUAAAUACGUUAACUCCCGGUCCCCUCGGGAAGACCCCGCU